UCUGCUUCAGUCUGUGCAGUAGUCUUCUACCACCGUGCGCCGCCAUGAAGUGCUUCUCGCUCGUCCUCCUCGUCGUCCUUGCGGCGUCGCCCUUGUCCACCACCGCAAACGUCAUAUGCAUCGGAGUUGGCACAUACACGGCCAACAGCACAUAUGAAGCCAACCUCCGCCGCCUCGCAUCCGAACUGCCGGCCGAGAUCUCCUCCUCGCCCCAAGCCCAAGGCCUCCACGCUCUCGGGUACUGGCCUAACCGGCUGCGAGCCACCUGGACAUGCUUCGGCGGCAGCUCGUCCUCUUGCUCCGCGUGCAUCGCCGCCGGCUUCCGGGAAUCGGAGGGAGAGUGCCCCUACAGCAAGGAGUUCUUCUUCUCCGGUGGCGACUGCCAGCUCCAUGUCGCCGACUUCCGUGCUUUCGAGCGCUUCUUCCGCCCCACUCUGACCGAAAGCGUGGCUGUGGUAGUGGCGCUCCAAGCUGUAGCGUUUGCA